AAAAUGCUGCCGGUAGCAGAGACUCAGCGUGGACUAGCUGCUUCAGCACUGAGCCUCCAAACCAUUCACUCUCUCCUUCUCCUGCUCUACAGUUUACCACCAUCUUCAAUCAGCCAUGGGAGUCGCCUACAGCGUUGGAGAGGUCGACCACCUCUACACCUUCUUUGUUCAGUGGUCACCAAAAAACUACACCAAGGGCAACAAGAAGCCCCGCAAGUCCCGCUACCUCAUCAGAGAGAAACAUCAGAACCGAUAUGUGGUAGUGGAGAAAAACAAGGCGUCUGCCAUCAACAAACUCCUCAGUAAUCCUGUCGACCCCACUGCUAAAAACUGGGAGAUUAUCACAGUAAAGGACUCCAAGCGGCGUCUGAGUCUGUGCAGCUCGGAGGACUCUGAGGCAGAGGAGCCCGAGUACCAGGAGGAAGGAGAUUAUGCUCUUCCUGUCCUGAGCAACCACAGCCUGCUGCUGGAGGACCACCACCUGGAGAGACUUGCUUCCCACAUGCCAGCAAGGACCCAGGAAUAUCCAUGGCACCUGGUCUACAGCUCAGCCGUCCAUGGGAGCAGCCUGAAGACUCUGUACAGGAAUAUGGCCUCCCUGGACAGUCCUGUGCUGCUGGUCAUCAAAGACAUGCACAAAAAGGUGUUUGGGGCUUUUUCUUCUGAUCCAUUCAAAGUCAGUAAAUACUGCUACGGCACCGGAGAAACCUUCCUGUUUAGCUUCAACCCCGACUUCCAGGCAUACAAGUGGAGCGGCGAAAACUCGUACUUUGUGAGCGGCAAUGUGGAAUCUCUGCAGAUUGGUGGAGGAGGAGGUGGAUUUGGCCUGUGGCUGGAUGCAGAUUUGUACCGUGGCGCAAGCUUCUCCUGUCCAACCUUCCGCAACGAAUCUCUGUCCACACACGAGGACUUUAUCGUACAAGACCUCGAAGUCUGGACUGUGCAGAACUGAAGAGAGAACAUCUGAAAACACCAGAUAAAAUCAAAGUACAAUCCACUGUCCUGUCUGGAAUGACAACACUUCCAGACCUCAAGGAGUACGUGUGGUUUAGCCACAAAUGUACAAUACCUGUAAGAGCAGCUGCUAUAUUCGGUGCACCUGGCUCAGAUUAGCCAACAUACAGAAGCGGAGGCCUGUUCAGGCUGGAUUUUCUGUUUAUGCUGGUUUGAUCUGUGUCUAUAAAAGACAAGUGGCCAGAUGAAAUCCUGCGAUUCAGGGUCCUGCUGCUUCAAACAACCGGCUAAACAUCAGUUCUAAGACCAGUAAUUAACUGGCAUCUGACGCUUUAAGCCCUCCAUGCCCUCCCUUUGUUGUUGGGAGUAUUAUAAUACAAAGGUCACAGCCUGAGUUUGUAACUACUGUAAGCACAUUCAGGAUUUCAGGAAAAUUACUUUUCUAUUUUCUACAGUAUGUAUCUCUCUGUGUGUGAGUGUGAAUAUUCUAUUUGCUUUCGCGGCCCGAGGUUUAUGAAACAUACUUGGUACAUAAAGGGCCUAUAAAACUUUAAGCCAAAAAAUUGUGAAAUAAUUGUUUUAUGUUACAAACACUGUGACAUGAUAGGAUACACAAUGGCCUUUCUAGACUAUGAUUGUGACUGACUUGUUUGUUCUAAAAAAUUAAGGUCUGGUUUUAAUGUUUUCCAUUUGAAAACAACUGCUGCAGAAAAUGACCUAUCCGCUCAGGUUAAAAAAAUAAAUAGUUGCACUAUAAACACUGUAUUAUCUGUGGUGCAUGUGGUUUGUGGAGGAAGUGACCUCAACGGUUAACUGACACUUCUGUUUCUGGAAAGUGAAACACUUGCCUAUCUAUUUGCAUAUAUAGACAAUAUAAAGGUUUCAAAUCCUUAACAAUCGAAAUAUUUAAAGUUCUUGUUCCUGUUUGGUUCAUAUUUCUUUGUGAUUGUGUGUUAAUAUAUCAGGCUGUGCUGGCACUGCCUGUGCUUUGUGAAACCACAGUAAAACUUUGUCUUUCCUGGGGAAAGACAUCUUAAUAAACCCUUAAAACAA